AUAAUAAUAAUGGUUUUCAAUAACUUAAAACGGCAAACAAAUUGAAUCGGAUAAGGCCAUGAGCGGCCGCGCCUCCGCCUCCGCCUCCGCCACCGCCGCCUUGGCGGCCCAGAUCUGCGCUCAGAUCGGCGCCGUCUUCUUCUCCCCUCCCCCUCCGGGCUUCCCCCCGCCCUUGGGCGUCCUCGUGUCCGAGAUCUCCGCCGCCGCCUCCGCAGGCCGACGCGUGUUCGUUCACGGCGUUGGCCGCGAGGGGCUGAUGAUGAAGGCCCUCUGCAUGCGCCUCGCCCACCUCGGCCUCCCCGCCCACGUCGUCGGCGACGUAACCGCGCCCCCCGCCGCCACCGGCGACCUCCUCCUAGCCUCCGCCGGCCCCGGCGGCUUCUCCACCGUCGACGCCAUCUGCGGCGUCGCGAAGGCCUCCGGGGCGCGGGUGGUGCUGAUCACCGCGCAGCCGGCGGCCGGGAGCGGCGCGAGGCGGAGCGCCGACGCCGUUGCCUACGUCCCUACCCGGACCAUGGCGGACGACGAGGCGGAGGAAGAAGGGAAAGACGCCGCGGUGAGGUUACCGAUGGGGAGCCUGUACGAGGGGGCGCUGUACGUGCUGUUCGAGAUGGCGGUGAUGCGUCUGGCGGAGGAGCUUAAGCAGAGCCCGGCCCAGAUGCGAUCGCGCCACACCAACCUCGAGUAGCAACAACACAAAAUAGCACAUUUUCACUUUACCCCCCUAAAUUAAAAAUAAUUGUCACGUGAAACAAUGUACUGCUACGGGGUGGCUGUUCAGUAAUCUAUUAUUUAAAAAUAAAUUUAAAUUUUGAGAAUUAUUAA